CCCUGUCCUUAGAGGAUAGAAAAGAGCUGCCCCCAGCCCAGUCUCUGCGAAGCACAAGCGAAGGAAAACAAUGGGGUCCAGUUUCCUCCUUUUAGCCCUUCCUCCCUCUUGCUCUCUCCUUUCCGAAAAAGGAAAGAAGGCGGCCUAGAAAGCGCACGGCUGCCGCUCUUGCAGCUGCGGCAAGCAAGCCGCAAAGCUGUAGCCCCCUGCAGCCGUCUAGGUCAGCUCCCACCCGAAGCUCGCCGCAGCCACCAUCGCCUCUCCGCCUCGUCCUCGCCCCACCGCUUCUCCCGACUCCACUCCGCUCGCAACUCCCCCGCUCACGUGACCAGCCCGGCAAGUUGGGCGCUGGGAGGGAGCGAGCCAGCGCGGCCGACGCCGCAGCAACAAUAAGAGCGAGUGGCACAGACUGUACUCGGGUCAGGAGAAGGGAGGGCGUUUCUGUGCCGCUCACAAGCACUCCGGCCGAAGGGAGACGGAGCCUCUGCCGCUGCUGUUCCUGCAGCCAUCGCCGCCACUGAAGACAGCUGCCCGCCCGCCGGAGCCAAAGCUGCAGCUUUAAGUGAAGCUUUCGUAGUCCUCCUUCCUUUGGUCCGCUCGGGCUCCGCUUGUUUGUGGGUGGGUGGACCGCCCCCUUGUGGGGCUCAACGGCUCCCUAUACGCCCCGCCAACCAGCGGCGGAGGAGAGGAUGGCGGAUCGGCUGGAGCUGUAAGGGCGCCCCGGGGAUCAGCCGCUUCCCCAGGAACAACGCGAAAGAGGAAGAAGCCAGCUGAGACUUGGCGGGAAACGAGAGGCGGAGAUGGCUAACGAGUCGCUUCAGAGUGACCGAGGCAGCUGGUCAGUCCUGGACCACCUGGGUCUGGACCAGAGCUCAGAUUUUUCAGACACCAGUGUGCAACAGAAAUUGGAUGAAGAGAAAGAGAAAAUUAAACGUGAGAUCCGCAAAGAACUGAAAAUAAAGGAGGGAGCAGAAAAUUUGCGCAAGGCUACAACCGACCGUAAGAAUCUCUCCAAUGUGGAAAACUUGCUCAAGAACUCCAACCGCAAACUGGAGACGUUGCAUCACCAGCUUCAGGAUCUCAAUGCACAUAUUGUCGUCAAGGACCCUGAAGAACUGGGGGAUGCCCCACAAUCACCAGGCAGCCUCAGCCGAUCAACAGCUACUAAAAGUCGUAUUGCUGGUCUGGAAAAGCAGCUCAACAUUGAGUUGAAGGUGAAGCAGGGAGCAGAGAACAUGAUCCAGAUGUAUGCCAAUGGUGCUGCUAAAGAUCGGAAGUUGCUGCAGACAGCCCAGCAAAUGCUACAAGAUAGCAAAACCAAAAUAAAUAUUAUCCGCAUGCAGAUUCGCAAGGCUGUGCAAGCUGAUGAGGUGCAGCUGACUUUGGAAGAUGGGCAAGGAAACACAGAUCUAAGCGCCAUAGAAUUGAGAAUUGAGGAGCUUCGCCAUCACUUCCAAGUAGAAUAUGCUAUAUCUGAGGGUGCCAAAAACGUACUGCGCAUUCUGAGCUCCAGCAAAGUUCAGGAUCGUCAUGCUAUUUCUGAGGCACAGACCAAGCUGAACGAAUCAAGCCAGAAGUUGGAUCUUUUGCGAUAUUCUCUGGAACAACGUCUGGCUGAACUGCCUGAAGAUCAUCCAAAGGCCUGCAUUAUCAAGGAGGAACUCAUCUUGGCCUCCUCUCCUGCCUUCAGUGCCCGCAAUACCACUUCCUACCAGCAUAACCAGUAUAAUACCCUAUCAAAGCCAUCUCCACUCACAGGGACCCUGGAAGUGCAGUUGUUGGGCUGCAGUGGAUUGCUGGAGGUUGUCCCAGGACGUACCCGUGGCUCCACUGUCUGCCUGCCUUGCAACAGUCCUGGGGAAGCACGGCCUUCAUUCAUGAGCCGCAGCGGACGAGGGCUGUACAAUCGCAGUGGUAGUGUAAGCGGCAGGACCACCAUCAAAUCGGAAGAUACCAGCAAUGAAGUAAGUGCUGUAUUGAAGCUGGACAAUGGAGUUGUAGGCCAGACCGCUUGGAAAUCCAUUGGCCUACAAGCUUGGAACCAGGUUUUCACAGUCGAAUUAGAAAGGUCAAGAGAGCUGGAGAUUGGUGUCUAUUGGCGUGACUACCGCAGUCUCUGUGCCCUGAAAUACCUCAAGCUGGAAGAUUUUCUUGAUAAUGAACGCCAUGAAAUUCACCUGGAGUUGGAGCCACAGGGCACUCUGUUAGCAGAGGUUAUCUUUUUUAACCCUGUCAUUGAGCGCAUACCCAAGCUCCAGCGACAGAAGAAGGUCUUUUCCAAACAGCAAGGGAAAGCUUUCUUGCGUGCUCGUCAGAUGAACAUUGAUAUUGCCACAUGGGUACGUCUCCUGCGACGCAUCAUUCCCACUGCCAGUACUACAGGCACUUAUAGCCCCUCAACGCAGAUGACUCCAACAUCUGGCUCAGAAAGUAGGCAGAGCUCUGGGGACAUUGCCAUUGAGAAGUUGAACUUGGACGGGGAUAGAGUUCAAAUUGGGCAUUUGGGCCAGGAUGAUCCUGAGCUUCCUGGGAAGGUUUUACUGACUUCACAAGCUGGGGAGGAGGUCUUUCAGAUGGAGUUAGGUUCGGGAGGUGAGACUAGGGGAUCUGAAAGUACUUUUCACAGCAGCCAUCUGAGAAAAAAACCUCUCACUAUGGAUGACUUCAAUUUUGUAGCUGUGCUAGGUCGUGGGCACUUUGGCAAAGUGUUGUUAUCUGAGUUACGCCGAACAAAAGAACUGUUCGCUAUUAAGGCCUUAAAGAAAGGGGAUAUUGUUGCAAGAGACGAAGUAGAGAGCCUGAUGUGUGAGAAGCGGAUUUUUGAGAUUGUGACCCAAGCAAGGCAUCCUUUCCUAGUGAACCUUUUUGCCUGUUUCCAGACACCCCAGCAUGUCUGUUUUGUCAUGGAGUACACAGCAGGUGGUGACCUCAUGAUGCACAUACACACCGAUGUUUUCUCAGAGCCACGUGCAACGUUUUAUGCUGCUUGUGUUGUCCUGGGGCUGCAGUUUCUUCAUGACCACAAGAUAGUUUAUAGGGAUCUGAAGCUGGAUAACUUACUAUUGGACAAAGAAGGCUUUGUGAAAAUUGCAGAUUUUGGCCUCUGCAAAGAAGGAAUGGGCUAUGCUGACCGUACCAGCACAUUCUGUGGGACACCAGAGUUUCUGGCUCCUGAAGUGCUUACAGACACCUCCUACACAAGAGCAGUCGAUUGGUGGGGCUUGGGGGUCCUUAUCUAUGAGAUGCUAGUAGGUGAGUCCCCGUUCCCAGGAGAUGAUGAAGAAGAAGUAUUUGACAGCAUUGUCAAUGACGAAGUGCGCUAUCCCCGUUUUCUUUCCACAGAGGCAAUUGGAAUCAUGCGCCGGCUGCUGCGUCGGAAUCCAGAAAGGCGCUUGGGGUCUAGUGAGCGCGAUGCAGAGGAUGUGAAGAAGCACCCGUUUUUCAGAAGCAUUGAAUGGGAAGCUUUGCUGGCUCGUAAGAUCAAACCACCUUUUGUGCCAGUAAUUAAGGGCCGUGAAGACAUCAGCAACUUUGAUGAGGAGUUUACCGCUGAAGCAGCUGUGCUGACACCACCCCGUGAAUCACGGCCCCUCACCCAAAAGGAACAGGAUGCCUUCAAAGAUUUUGACUAUGUCUCCAGUGUUUGCUAGCUCCAGAAGUGAGGGCAAGGAGAUUUCCUCAACACUGGCAGCUCAGUGAGGCAGAAUUCUGUUCCUCCAUUGACUCAAAGACACUUCCUAAUACUGCCUGCUAGCCCCAGAAGCGAAACUCAGAAAAAACCCAAUCACAUUGCUAACAUAAUGUGGAAUGAGUAGUGUUCACCAAUGUAUGCCUGCUCUGGGAUUAGAAGGGAAAAUUCCAGUAAUAUUUCUGCAUUGCGUGGAACGCAGUAUAAUUCAUCCAGAAGGUUGGGCACCUGCUGGCUCAAAGGGAAGGGAAGAAAGAGAAAGAAAGAAAGACUGACAGCCAAAUAUAACUAUGUCAGCUUGCAUCUUCAUGAAACUAUUAUUUGUCUACAAAUUCCCAAACUUUCUAGUGGAACAAGCAAAACUAUUAUUAGGAAUCUACCAGUACUGGAGAUGCUGAAGUCAAAGGGCCAUUCUGUGCCCUAACAUACUGUUGUGAAGGAUUUUUAAAAACCAUAUUGUGAAAAAAGUGGGGUUCCCUUUCUGAUAUUAUUUGCUGAAAUUUACUUCAAAUUCUAACCCAGAAGGGAAAACUGAAUCUCAUUCUGCAUCACAGCUUUCUGUCAGUAUUUAGUUAGCUGUGCACAAACUCUCUUGGGUCAAUUUUGAACCAAUUCUGUAAUUCUGGGCUUUCUUGACAACCAUUUGCAAAAAGCUCUCUGGUUUUUUUCUCCCCUCAAGAAUUAACUCCAGGUUCAUAAGAUAGACAUAUGUACCAUUAGUGUAUGUGUGUAAAUUAUUAUCUUACCCUUCCUGGGAAUUCACAGGCUUUGUACCCAUCCCAUAGUGGUGGCUGGGGCAGAAGGGUUCUUAAAAGUCCUAACUCCCAUACUCUGAACUAAAUUGUUUGGGUAUUGGUGAACAUCUAGGUCUAGAUGGGAAAUCAAUUGCAUUAAAAUAAUUGCAAGAAACAAUCAAGAAAAUAGUGGCACCAAGUGAAAAAAUACAUGUGAUUCUGGUCACCAAAUUAUAGUAAUUUAAUGAAAAUUACAUCGCACUUGAACAGUGUAAGAACCUAUAUACCUGCAUCUGCACAGCUAGUUUUCAGUUAAGUGGCCAACAAACAUACAUGCAAAGGCUCAUUUAAUAUUUUAAACUGGAGAAGGAUUUCUCAGGACAAAAUACUUGAUUCAGUGAGGGGAUAUACUUGAUUAUGUAGCAAAAUCAUUGUGGAUUUUAGAGCAAAAUGAAUUCAAAUCCAUCAUUUGGAAAUAAUGAUCCAAUUGUUUUGUUUCCAUUUUAUAUCCCAGUUUUCUUGGAGAUCUGUAUACUAUUAUUCAAGAGAGAAUAUCGGAUCUCAGGAGAAAAAGUGGUUGAGACUCUGGAUGAUUUCAGACAGAUAACAGACC